AGUGUGUGUGUUGGUAGAUUGAAAAAAGAAACUAGGCUUAAGACCCAAGAGAGAGAGCCAAGGAAGAUACUAUAUCUUGCACAACUGAGUCAACUGAUUUAUUUGCUCAUAUUGUAUCUGCCAUAGUGAAUUCUAGGUAUGCAAAUUAAAUAAAAGAACCCUUGAAAUUAUUAUGCACUUUUAAAAAGCAGUAGGGCCUCAUUAUAUCAACAUCAAAACCACUGCUAUCUGGAACUUUAGAAAAGUGGAUCAGUUUAGAAUAGGAAAAUUUUCAGGGUAGUAGAGAUUGUAUGUGUUUGCAUUUUAUAAUUUACCAAUUUGGCAUCAAUUUAUUAAUGUUGGCAUUAAUAAAUGCACUAUCAGAUGGUUUUGACAUCAGAUAAACCUACUUGAAUUUUAGAUUUGCCAUUUACUAGCUGUGGUUUACUUGUACACAUCACUUCACCUCUCUGUACCUCAAUUCUCCCAUUGGAAAAUAAGGUUUAAAAAAUUUCGAAAUCAGAGUAAUCGUGAAAAUUGAAUAAGAAUACAUAAACGAAGUCCCUGGUAUAGUGUCUUUGUGGCUACAAUGAUAUUAUUAUUAUUUGAUAUUGUUGUUAGUGUCUUAUUCUAAAUCACAUGUUUCUGACUUCUAACCCAGGAAGUAUAAGUAGUUCAUCUCCGGAUAUCUCAGGAGCAGCACUGUAAUGCACUGUAGACUCUGUUAGUGUAGAUUGUAUUUUGGUUUGUUCUGAAGCUACUGUAUACAUUGGCAUUCCUCCCAUUGGCUGGUUUCAAACAGUGUUCCUGCAAUCACCAUUGCAUUAUUCCUUUCAGCUUUGGGACACUAAUCAUCAUAUUAUUUUUAAAAUGACUUUGUCUCAUUGGAAAACAUUUUUAAUUGAGGAAAAUGUUUUUUUCUCAAGUUAAUAUUAUUGGCACUAGAGCUUAGAAUAUCUCCUUUAUUAUCAGUUUGGGCACACUAUAUAGGUAAUAGCUGAUUUUGAAAUGAGUCUUAUUUCAGUUAUAUACUAAGCUGAGUCCUCUUUGGUAGAAAAUAUGCAUCUAUAAGGAUUUAAGUAUUUCUGAGAAUCCAAAUCCCAACCUAUUCUCAUACUUCUUCCCAGAAAACCAUGAUGUGAAUAUAAUAAUUGUCAGCAAGUUUACAGUCUUAAUGGAUUAAAAAGCAUCCUCUUUCUUCCUUUUGUUCCCUGUGAAGAGAUGAGACUUUCGUCCACCUCCUCUGUUCGAAGAAAGGCUCCAUAAAGGAUAUUGAUCAAUUGAGUUGGUUCUACUAUAUAAACACAUCCCAUUUUAGAGUAGGGGAAAUUGUUCAACUUGGGAUAUAAACAUAUAUUACAUUUGUUAAGUCUGUCAAGCCUCUUUUAUUCUGUAAAUACUAUGCUACUCUUUUCCCUUUUUUGUCCCCUUUGCCAUUGAAUUUGUUGGAGAAACCGCUUUGUUUGUCUUGUAUGUUAAAGCUCAUUAAUAAAAAAUCCCCAGUUACCUAGGUGGUAGUUAGCAAGUGGUCUCAGCAGGGAUUUGUAGACUGGAGAGAAUUUGUAAACUAAAGAGUGGCUGUCAUAUCUUUAGAACACACGAGUCCAUGCAGACACAAUUUUGUGUGAGCCUGAACUAAGUAAAAAUAAGAAUUUGACUGUUAGGUAAUCCACAGUGUACAUCAUGACUUAGAUUGGCAUAAUUUUUCUCAUCUGCAAAUUAGUGGAAAUCUGUUUUUCAAGUUGUUGUUUCUGUGUCGUCAAUUCUUGGCUGUCAUCAGGGCUAAUUUUUGUUUGUUUGCAUUUUAGUAAUACUUCUUUUAGUUAUUCAGCCUAAGCCAAAAGAUAGACCUGUAGCUUCUGUAGAUGUGGUCAGUCCCUAUCUGCGUUGUUGUCUAGUAGGUCAUGAUUGUGUAUUAAGUGCCAGGUUUUUUGUUGUCAUUUAUGUUCAGUGAUUACUUGGUAUCAUAGCAGUUGCAGAGCAGCAUUUGACUUUGUAGAUCACACAUUGGUAAUUGCAACAGACAAAUUCUAGGAUGAGGAUUAUUAUAUUAUCUCUUAUUUCCCAGAAUUGGAAUUUAUCAUGGAAAAUAACCAAAUUACUUUUCCCAUUAAUUUGGAUAUGAGCUGCUUCUUCUUUCUUUUUUUUUUUACUUUACUCAUAUCUAAAGAAUUAGUUAAUGUUGUAUCUGAAGAUUCUCAAAAACCAGAAUCUUGGGAGUACCCUGACUAAAAGGCUGCAUUGUCUACUAAUCAUUUAGAAUUGUGUUGUUCAUUAUGGUAACCAAUAGCCAGAUGUGGCUUUUUUUUUUCCCCAGGACCGCAAGUGUAGCGAUGAAAGUUCCAGGCUAGGGGUAAAUUGGACCUACAGCUGCUGGCCUACACCACAGCCACAGCAACAUAGGAUCUGAGCCGCAUCUGCGACCUGUACCGCAGCUCACAGCAACACUGGAUCCUUUACCCACUGAGCAAGGCCAGGGAUCGAACCUGUAUCUUCAUGGAUACUAGGCAGGUGAUGUUUGCAGACAGGAAAAGUAAACUGUCAAGGAAUUAAUCUAUUCAGUACUUGUUAUUUGGACCAGAUUAAGGAGUUUUUGAUUUAUCAGAUCAACGGGCGAAAAUGAAAAGUAGUGUGGCACAAAUAAAGCAUUCUUCUAGCCAUGACAGAAGGGAAAACUAUAAUUCAUAUCAGAGGACCUCCUCUCCAGAAGACAGAUAUCCAGAGCAAGAAAGAUCCCCUCGGGAUAGAGAUUACUUUGAUCAUAGCAGGUCAGACUAUGAGCAUUCAAGAAGAGGACGUUCUUAUGAUGGUGGCAUGGAGUCACGAAGUAGAGACCGAGAAAAACGCAGAGAAAGAGAUGUGGAUCGGAAAAGGUCCCGGAAAUCUCCAUCUCCUGGGAGAAGAAGCCCAGAACCAUCGGUCACCCAAAGUUCCUCUACUCAGGAUGAACCUAAUUCAAAGAAGAAGAAAGAGGAGCUGGAUCCUCUCCUUACUCGCACUGGUGGAGCAUAUAUUCCUCCUGCAAAGCUCCGGAUGAUGCAGGAACAGAUCACAGAUAAAAACAGCUUAGCAUACCAGAGGAUGAGCUGGGAAGCCUUAAAGAAGUCCAUCAAUGGUCUGAUCAACAAAGUUAACAUUUCUAAUAUUGGUAUUAUUAUUCAAGAACUUCUUCAAGAAAAUAUAGUUAGAGGAAGAGGCCUGCUGUCCAGAUCUGUUUUGCAAGCUCAGAGUGCUUCUCCAAUUUUCACUCAUGUUUAUGCAGCAUUAGUGGCAAUUAUCAACUCAAAAUUUCCACAAAUUGGAGAAUUAAUCCUCAAAAGGUUAAUUCUGAAUUUUCGAAAAGGCUAUCGAAGAAAUGAUAAGCCACUCUGUCUAACAGCUUCAAAAUUUGUGGCACAUCUUAUUAACCAAAAUGUGGCUCAUGAAGUUUUAUGCUUAGAAAUGCUCACUUUGCUCCUGGAAAGACCAACAGAUGACAGUGUUGAAGUAGCUAUUGGUUUUCUCAAGGAAUGUGGUCUCAAGUUAACACAAGUGUCACCACGAGGAAUCAAUGCGAUAUUUGAACGCCUUCGAAACAUUCUUCAUGAGUCUGAAAUUGACAAGAGAGUUCAGUAUAUGAUUGAAGUGAUGUUUGCUGUACGGAAGGAUGGAUUCAAGGACCACCCUGUUAUCCUAGAAGGACUUGACUUAGUGGAAGAAGAUGAUCAGUUCACUCACAUGCUCCCUCUGGAAGAUGACUAUAAUCCAGAAGACGUUCUUAAUGUUUUCAAGAUGGACCCUAAUUUUAUGGAAAAUGAAGAGAAGUACAAAGCUAUUAAGAAGGAAAUUCUUGAUGAGGGAGACAGUGACUCGAACACAGACCAAGAUGCUGGAAGUAGUGAGGAGGAGGAGGAAGAAGAGGAGGAAGAGGGAGAGGAAGAUGAAGAAGGACAGAAAGUGACUAUUCAUGACAAAACAGAAAUUAAUCUAGUUUCAUUUCGUCGUACAAUUUAUCUUGCUAUUCAGUCAAGUUUAGAUUUUGAGGAAUGUGCUCACAAAUUGCUGAAAAUGGAGUUUCCUGAGAGUCAAACAAAAGAACUCUGCAACAUGAUACUUGAUUGCUGUGCCCAACAGAGGACAUAUGAGAAAUUUUUUGGCUUAUUAGCUGGGCGAUUUUGUAUGCUAAAAAAAGAAUACAUGGAAUCCUUCGAAAGUAUAUUCAAAGAACAAUAUGAUACCAUCCAUCGCUUGGAAACAAACAAAUUGAGAAAUGUUGCUAAGAUGUUUGCUCACCUUUUAUAUACUGAUUCACUUCCUUGGAGCGUUCUUGAAUGUAUAAAGCUGAGUGAAGAAACUACUACAUCAUCCAGUAGAAUUUUUGUGAAAAUAUUUUUCCAAGAACUGUGUGAAUACAUGGGUCUUCCUAAACUUAAUGCAAGGUUAAAGGAUGAAACUCUGCAGCCAUUCUUUGAAGGAUUAUUACCCCGAGAUAACCCAAGAAACACUCGGUUUGCCAUCAACUUCUUUACUUCUAUAGGUCUUGGAGGUUUAACGGAUGAAUUGCGUGAGCAUCUCAAAAAUACACCAAAGGUCAUCGUGGCCCAAAAACCAGAUGUUGAGCCCAAUAAAUCCUCCCCUUCCUCUUCCUCUUCUGGAUCCUCCUCCUCCUCCUCCGAUUCUGAAUCCUCUGCCUCUGAUUCGGACAGCAGUGACAGCAGUUCAGAGUCUUCUAGUGAGGAGAGUGAUUCUUCAUCCACCAGUAGUCAGAGCUCGUCCUCAGCUAAAGAUGUAAGAAAGAAGGGACAAGGGAAUCCCAGAAGUAAAGAAGUAGAUAAAUUAAUCAGGAGACAACAAACAAAUGAUAGGAAACAAGAAGAAAGGCGACCAGAGCCACGGCACCAGGAAACGAGGACUGAGAGAGAAAGGAGGUCAGAGAAACCCAGAGAUAGAGAUUCAAGAGAUCCUGCAACAAAACACAGUUCUGACAGAGGGGUUCCUUCUGAGCGAAAUAGCUACAGCAGAGCCAUGAAUGACAGAGACUACGAAAUGCACAUAGAUGUGGAACAUAAGCACAGGGACCCCAAAAAGAAAAGAGGAGAGAGAAGAAAUUCUUUUUCUGAAAAUGAGCACAGACACCGAAAUAGGGACAGUGAAAAUUUUACAAGAAAAGAGAGGUCCAACUCAAGAGAAAAGAGUAAAAAACAUUCAGGUUCUAGAAGCGAUGAAGAUAGGUAUCAGAAUGGUGCCGAGAGGCGAUGGGAAAAAUCUAGCCGAUACUCUGAACAAUCCAGAGAAUCAAAGAAAAAUCAGGACCGACGAAAAGAAAAGUCUCCAACAAAGCAAAAAAAAUAAUUCGAAAAGAAAAGUCUCCAAUGAAGCAAAAAAAAAAUUCUGCGAAAUUACAGAAACUGAACAUGCCUUAUAUUCAGUUGAAACAAAUUAUUUUUUACAUUGACGAACUUUAUAGAGAAUUCUUGUAUAAAGUCCUGAUUUGUAUUUGUACAUUUAAAAAAUGUUUUCAUUUUAACAUAUUUUAUAACUGAUACAUCUCAAGGCCCUCCACAUAAAAUUAUUUGAAGAGUUUCACCAGAGAGGAAUGUUAUUCUUGCUUAUAUUUUGUUAAUAAAAUGAUCAAAUGCUCAUUGAAUCAGUGAUUUUUUUUCAUUGACAAGUUUUUUUUUCUGAUAAUACUGUCUCCAGUUGUUUAUAGAAUUAUUAUAAUGAAUUAUUAGUGGCUUUUUAUUUGUAACUGCAGACCAAAAGAGGUGAACCACUUCAAUUUAACAUUUCUGCUUUGUUAAUUAGAUGAUAUAAACCCUUCUUAGGAGCUGCCCUUUUUUUUUUUUUUAAAGUAGAGAAAUUAUUUCAAGUUUCAUAUUAUGGCUUGAACAAAAUAGAUGUGUGUAGUUUUUUUCACAAGUGGUGAAACUAGAUGUAUGUUAGUCUUUAAACAGAUACACAGCUAUAUUAUUUAUAAUUAGGGCUUCUCUCAUUGAUGGCAUUUCUUCUUUCUGGACUGUUAGAUUAAUGUUUAAUCAAAAUUUUUUGUGACUACUGCCUUUACUCAGUCUUGAAGUUAUAUCACUGUUGGUAAGUUAAUAUGUAUUUAGUUUUUAAUUUGGAUUAAUAGAUUGGAAAACAUACAAUCAUGAAACGUGGACAAGCCGAACUGUGAAAUAAUUUUUCUAAGAAUUUUAAGGGUUUCCAUCAUUGUAACUCUCACUAAUUAAAUAUGUGACUAUAUUAUUUAUUACUUUUGAAAUAAAAUAUUGCCUCUGAAAUGUUA